UCGGAAGUGCCCCUCUGGUUCUCGGCUGCAGUAACAGUACAGUAUACAGUACAGUCUUGGCUGUAAACCCAGUGGUAUAUCAUUACUCAGUACCAGCUGGGGCUCGGACUGCUCCUCGGCUCUGCUCCUCGGCUCUGACCCGUCAUGAAGCUCCGGGCUGCGGGGCUGCUGCUGCUCGGACUCCUCUCCUCCUGCCGGGGGGAGUUCAGCCCGGUCACAGUGAACAUCAGCCUGGACGAAGACCCCGAGCUGCGGUGGGCUCCUAUCACCAAAGCCUUCGACGUAGAGUACUUGAAGAAAGCCGCCGCGGAAAUCAUUGACACUACGGUUCAAUGGGUGCAUGAGGCAGUCACCCCGAUCGUGAUGGCCCUGGAGAAGUACGUUCCUCAGCCUUACGCGGGGGAGAUCAGAGGCAUGGCCGCUCACAUGGGGGGCAGCAUCUCAGACGUCAUCAUUCUCAACUUCGCCUAUGAAAUAUCUGCAUUUUGCACUAGCAUCGUGGCUCAGGACACAAAUGGGACUGUGUACCACGGCAGGAACCUUGACUAUCCACAUGAUGUUCUGAGGAACCUCACUAUGGACGUCAUUUUCCACAAGAACGGAAAGGUGGCGUACCGUGGAACUUCAUUUGCUGGCUACGUUGGCCUGUGGACGGGACAGAGUCCUAACAAGUUUACAGUCUCUGGUGACCAGCGAGGCAGUGACCACUGGUGGAACUGGUGGAAGAAUGUGGUUUCUGCUUUCCUCUUUCGGCGGACCCCGGUCAGCUGGCUGGUACGCGAGACGCUGGAGGAAGCAGAGGACUUUCAGGAUGCCGUGAUGCGUCUCGCCAAGAUUCCCAUCAUCACCGGGGUGUACUACAUCGUGGGGGGGGUGCGAGCUGGGGAGGGGGCCGUCAUCACCAGGGACCGAAGCGGCCCUGCUGAUAUCUGGCCGCUGAUUCCCAUCAAUGGAGGAUGGUACAGAGUGGAGACGAACUUUGACCACUGGCUUCCUCCUCCAGCCAGGGAUCAUCGGAGGGACGCAGCCAAGAAAGCACUAAAUGCUACUGGCCAAGAUCACAUCAACAUGGAGACACUUUAUCAGGUGCUGUCGAUGUAUCCUGUGUGUAAUGGAAUUACUGUCUACACGACUAUAAUGAGUGCAGCAGCCCCCGAGAAAUACAAUACACUCGUCAGACCACAGGGCUGCCCCCCCCCACCUGACUGUGAGCCUCGCUGUCUAAAUGCAGAUUAAAUCAAAAGAAUGAUCAUGUGAUGAUUCUAAAAUCUUUUUUAACCACUUUUAAUUUUUUAACCCUGACUAAUAAAAUAACAAAUGUGAAAGAACCUAAUGUCGCUGCGAUUUAUAUGUAAAGUUUAAAAGCACUUUGGUCACUUUAGUGAUUGGGACCACUUGAAGAUAGCCACAGCGGCACUUUGCUCAUACAGCACGAGUUAAAUAAACAACGGUGGAAAAGCACUUGUACCUGGACCGUGGUGCUUUCCAGUUCCAUGAUAACUGUGCCUCUUUUGAUUUGUGCCUUUCAAAUAAACCACGUCUCUAGCCUUG